AUGAUGUGGGGGAAAAUGAGAAAAAGCAAAUUUAUAUUAUUCCUUUUUUUCCUUUUUACAAUUAAAAAAAUUCAUAUAGAGACAAGAAAAGUUUGUAAUGUGAUGCAAUUUGGUACUCAUGCCAUAACUUCAAAUAAAGAAAACAGAAGAUAUUUCAAUUAUGAGGUUGUUGGGAUAAUCGAUCCUUUUGAUAAAAAUCGAGUAUUAUGGACAAGGAGGAAAAGAAAUAAAAAAUUUAAUUUAAAUAUAUUCAAAAAUAUUUAUGAUAGUUUAUUUUGUAAUAUAAAUGAUUAUGUAUACCUAAAAAAUAGCGACCAGUUCGUUUAUCGAAUAUUCCACAUAAACUUAAAGAAUACCUUGAAAUAUAUGUUAAAAUACAAAAUUAUCAGUGGUAAAUUUAAUGAUAAGGGUGAUAAAAAUAUUAUGUCGUUAAAGGAAAAUAGCAAGCUGUUCAGGUUUUUGAAUAAUAUAAACAUAUAG